GAACUGUAAACUUGACGUUUCCUCUGAUACACACACACACACAGAUACACCAGAAUGAGCGAGGCUAAUAUUUGAACUUAAGGAUAAGGUGUAACAAAAUGAUACUCAUGAAGCUGUGCGGUGUGUAUUUGUUUCCACGGGAAGGUUAUGUGGAGAUUCCUCGUUGCUAAUACUUGGAGGACAACGCCUGGAAGAGAGGACAACGUUUGACGUUAUUCUGGGAGGCAAAUCGGCACGGAUACUUUCACAAACAUGGCUCAUGCAGUUUGUUCUCGUCUCGUUAAAAACGCCUUUAUGUGGAUAAUGCUUCACACACUCGUCGACUGCUGUGGAGGUUCAGUAACCCAGCAGACGUCUCAGCUCUCUUCAUAUGAGGUGACGGUACCGAGACGCAUCAGCAGACAGAGGAGAAACCAGGACAGUGCAGAUAAGGUGUCAUACAUAAUCCAGGCUCAAGGAAAAGAGCAUGUUGUCAUCCUAGAGAGAAAUGAAUUGCUACUUCCAGAAGACUUCACUGUGUACUCUUAUGCCAAAGAUGGCUCGCUGGUCACGGAGAAAUUAAAUACGACUGAUCAUUGUCAUUAUAGUGGUUACAUAGAGGAUGUGGAGGGCUCUUCUGCAGCACUCAGCCUGUGCUCUGGGUUAAGGGGUGUUAUUCACACGGAGGGCACCAGUUUUGGAAUCGAACCGCUGGAAGGUUCCUCCAGUGAUGAACAUUUGGUGUAUCGUUUGGAGGACGUACAGACACAACCUCUCAACUGUGGAACCCCUCACUCUUAUAACCAUGACGACCAAUCUUCACCAAGGCAACCUAUAAUCAGCCAUACCCAUAACAUCACGUUUGGUCAAGCUGGCAGCCAUUUAAGGCGAAAGAGGGCAGUGCUACACCAGACACACUAUGUGGAGCUUCUGAUGGUGGUGGAUAAUGAGAGAUAUAACUACAAAAACAGGAAUCAUACAGCAGUACGCGAGGAGGUGGUGCAGAUUGCCAACUAUGUUGAUAGUAUGUAUAUACCACUGAAUAUUCGAAUUGUUUUGGUGGGGCUGGAGAUCUGUGUAUUAUGUUAAUGCGUAUGAUUGACUAAAUGAAUGUCCCCUUCCUCCAACCCCCACUACUUCAGUGUGAUGGUGAUCAUUUUGGUUUUUGCAAUGAAAAUAAAAAUCACUGGUCUGUUUUUAA